AUGAAUUUAUCCAAUGAAAAACUUUUGCGUCAACUUAGUGAUAAGAGAGCCAUGACGUUUUUGCCCGCCAUUCUAUAUGUUGGGAUAUUAAUGGUAGUGGGCUUGUUUGGCAAUAGCCUUGUGUGUUUUAUCAUCGCUACAAAAAUUUACUUAAUCUUCGACAAAGAAUUUGACCAAGAUCUUCGCGGAUCCUCCCUUAUAGCUUAUAACCUGUUCGUACGGUCCUACUUUGUUAACGCUGCUUGGUAA